AUGCCCACGGCCAUGUCAGGAGGCAGCAUCCCAGAGGCAUUCGCCAUGAAACGCCAGACCGCCUACUCACCCUUCCAGAAAUUGCCCGCAGAAAUGCUGGAACUCAUUCUGGACUACAUGGGACUGGCCGCGCACGUAGAACUGAGUGUAUACAACUUCCACCAAUUUUUGUGGUGGACUCGGGACCGUGUCCCCGAUCUCAAGCCUCUUCGUCUGGCGAUCCGGGAGUACACUUACCUUCCGCGUCUGUUGUCACGAUUCUUCCAUACAAUCUGGCUUGACGAUUCCGCAAAGCGCCUCGAAACCCUCUGUACAACGAACGUGUCCCAUAUGAGCCCGUACUUUCGGCGAGUAGUAUUCGACACAGACAGGGAUGGUAUCGUUGCCGCUGAUGGAUUGAACCCAAACCCCCUUCGGGUCGCCUUCACCAAUAUCCUCCGCAAGAUGCCAAAGGUCGAUACGUUCUACAUCAGAACUUCUCAGAAGGCUACGUUUCAUGCUAUCAUUUGGAGCCUGAGCGCCGCCAGCAACAGGAUCUCGCAUCUGUAUCUGGAGACCCAUACCGAGAGCUCUUCCGAAUGGGCUUCCCACGGCACGUUCGACUGGCUGGCACUUUUGAGUUUGCAGACCCUUGUUUUCUGCCCUCAGCGUCUUGAGGAUCUGCGAGACGUAGAAGAAUUUUUCGAUCGUGACUUUGCAGAACGAAGAGGAAGCUCCAUCAACGACUUCCUCAAUCGAUGCUCACAGAGCCUCCGCUUCUUGGGCAUCAGAAACGUCGACUUUCGAGAGGUCUACAUCGGCGACGGCAUGCCGCCCCUCACCAUAAGACAUCAUACCGGAGAACAGGGUCGAUACAAACACCACAAGGAUGCUCAUAUGAAUCUCCAAUACAGCUUGGCGAUGUACCUGUCCGGGUUGGGAGAGUGGAACAGGAGUCUCCGGCUGUGGUUCGAUUCGGAUCUAACGGAGAGUGACGAGGAGUAUAUGCUCACGGGUGGUGAUAGUGAGAGCGACGGAAAUGGGGAAGACGAUGCGACUGAGGACGUUGACGGACCAAGCCAAGACGGCGAUCGCGAUCUGGAGUAG